ACUGCACGUGGUCGUAAAAACAUCAUGGCGGAAUCUAUCGGUGUCCCUAGCGAUACUUAUCCGUACAUCUACGCCUUUCUGAUUGAAAACAAGCUCGCCAAGACCGCGAAACUCCUCAAGAAGGAAGUGGGAACGGAACUUACAUCUGUUGAUGGCAAGGAUGGGUUGAUGCAGUGGUAUGAGGCAUGGAAUCAAGCCCACCAAGUAAGCCAUCAAGCCAAAAGGAAAAGGAAUGACAACAAAAAAUCCCAGCCUCCUAGAAAAAAGAGAAAAACUGAAGAUGUGUCAUCAUCAUCUUCAGACGACGAUUCAAGCAGUGAUGAAGAAGUGAAAGUUAAAAAGGAUACUAAGAAGGCAACUAAGGGUUCGAGCUCAGAGGAUGAUUCAAGCAGUGACGAGGAAGAAGUUAAACCUAAAAAGGAUGCUAAAAAGGCUGCCACUGAGGAUUCUAGCUCAGACGACGAUUCAAGCAGUGAUGAAGAAGUGAAAGUUAAAAAGGAUACUAAGAAGGCAACUAAGGGUUCGAGCUCAGAGGAUGAUUCAAGCAGUGACGAGGAAGAAGUUAAACCUAAAAAGGAUGCUAAAAAGGCUGCCACUGAGGAUUCUAGCUCAGAUGAUGAUUCAAGUAGUGAUGAGGAAAAAGUGAAACCUAAAAUGGAUGCAAAAAAGGUGGCGACCGAGGAUUCUAGUUCGGAUGAUGAUAGCAGUGGCGAGGAUGAAGACGAAAAGCCAAAGAAAAAGGUUGAAAAGAAGACACCUACUAAGCAGGAAUCUAGUUCAGAAGAAGAUGAUAGCAGCGAUGAUAAAGAUGAAAAGCCCAAGAAAAAAGCUGACAAUAAAGGAAAGAAGACACAAGCUAAACAAGAAUCUAGCUCAGAAGAAGAUGAUAGCAGCGACGAGGAAGAUGAAAAGCCCAAGAAAAAAGCUGACAAUAAAGGAAAGAAGACACAAGCUAAACAAGAAUCUAGCUCAGAAGAAGAUGAUAGCAGCGACGAGGAAGAAGAAAAGCCCAAGAAAAAAGCUGAUGAUAAAGUGAAGAAGACACCAGCUAAACAAGAAUCUAGCUCAGAAGAUGAUAGCAGCAAUGAGGAAGAGGAAAAGCCCAAGAAAAAAGCUGAUGUGAAAGGAAAGAAGACACCAGCUAAACAAGAAUCUAGCUCAGAAGGUGAUAGCAGUGAUGAAGAGGACAGUAGUGAGGAUGAAAGUAGCGAAGAUGAAAAAGCAAAACCAAAAAUAAAUGGAAAGACGGAGUCUAGCUCAGAUGAUGAUAGUGAUGAUUCAAGCAGUGUUGAAGAAGAUGUGAAAGCUAAAAAAAUUGCAAAAAAUACAGAGAAAAAGGAUUCAAGCUCAGGUGAUGAUAGCAGUGAUGACGAUGAAGAAGAAAAAUCCAAGAAAAAAGCUGUCAGCAAAGAAAAGAAGACACCAGCUAAACAAGAAUCUAGCUCAGAUGACAGUUCAUCUGAUGACAGCAGUGAUGAGGAUACAAAGAUGCCGACCAAAUCUAAAUUAAAAAAUGGCACUAAAACGAAGGCUAAAGAAGAGAGUAGUUCAAGUGAUUCAAGCAGUGAAGAUGAACCUCCAGCAAAGCGGCCAAAAAGCGCGAAGGUCUCUAAACCAGUUGCUUCGUCGACUCCUGCUGUAACGGCAUCAGUAAAGAAAGAUAAAAAAGAGAAGACCCCUUUCCGCCGUGUAGUUGAAGAGGAAAUUGAGGUUGACCACAGACUCACUGACAACAGCUUUGAAGCUAAGAAAGGAGCCUCUGGAGAUUGGGGAGAAAAGGCCAACAAAGACCUCAAGUUCACCAAAGGAAAAUCAUUCCGACACGAGAAGACGAAGAAGAAAAGAGGAAGUUACCGCGGAGGGAACAUCAAUACGAGCGUGAACUCCAUCAAGUUUGACAGUGAUUGAGGACGCUUCAUUGGUCUACUGAGAAGUCCGGUAUACCUCCACGCAGAACUCGUCCGCGCAGUAUGUGCGCAGUAUAUGUGCAUUACAGAACAAGGGCGUGGUAUGAAGAGGAACAAUUAGCCUUGUAUACUCACUGUUCUUCAUAUGCCAUUUGCCAUUAGCUCUGAUUCCUGUUUCGUCAGGUACCGCUCACAUUCGCUUAUUGUUUAGCAAUUUUCGUUGAUUCAAUCCGCGAGUUAUUAGCCCGUGAGGACAAAGGCGAUAGCCGUGAAGGCGGUUGGACUAACUGUUAUAGUCAAAUCACAUAAGUAGGCUAAUUAGAUCUGGUCUAGUCAUAUGCCUUUUUUUCUUUCAAAUCCGUUACCUCUCACUAACUUAUAGAAUAUAACUGAUGGUCCACUAGUAGGUCAACCAAUCAGAAUACAGCAUGAUAAAACACUAGUGUGACUAGAGACUAAUAUCCAAAAUACAGUGGGAUUCCGCUCAUUCGAACUCACGCUCCCUUUUUACUCAACUCGAGCUGCGUUCCUCUGUUCCACGGGACUACAAUGUAUAGACGGACGUAUAAAUUGACGAGUCUGUCGCAUAGCGUUUUAGGCCUUGAGUGCUGACCCGCCGUGGACGUUUUCCGCCUUUUUCGUUUGGUUAGGCUUUUGGAACAUCACCAUACAAACACUACUAGAGCUGUAUGCAAAAGUGAAAGAAAUUAGCAUUUAUGUUCUGGUUCCAGAGCCUCGAACGUCUCUCAAUUUAGUGGCCAGCGAGCUUGCGACGGCACUGAGCUCCGCUGGCCACUAAAUUAAGAUGGUCGAGGCUCUAGAACCAGGGCAGCAUGGACAUGACGUGGAUUGGUUUGUAAACACAGCCCCCUGAGAAUUUAGCAUAAGGGACAACUCGCCGACCCAUGGAUGAAUUGCGUUGUUGCUGUUUUCAUCGCUAGAUUGACCUAAAUAAUUCAAAAAGCCUCCACUUGUUCAUCUAUACAUCAGUGAAUUUAACAAAUAUUAUGACAUUUUCGCUGGUGUUAUGGGUAAAAUGAACUGAACCCUUUGAAAACGGAGCCGGCAAUUGAGCUAACACUUAUCUGUUUGCCAAUCGUUUUGAAUCAUUCGCAGUCGUCGCUAAUUAGCAUUGUUCACACUGAUUAUGUACACAAUGUUUUUGUAUAAUGAAUAAAAUGUUUUAGACCUGAAA